AUGCGACAGCGAGAUGUAAUCGGUAUUGGCGAGACUAGUUCUGGUAAGACUGCUGCUUUUGUUCUCCCCAUUCUGGAAGGAAGUCUCAAGAGCAGAGAGAUUAGUCUAGAGGGUUUUGGAACAAAGAGGUACAAUGUCUUGGUUGCUACAGAUGUUGCUGGUCGUGGUAUCGACAUUCCUAACGUGGCUCAUGUGAUCAUUUACGACAUGAUGGGUUCUAUCGAGGGGUACACUCAUCGUAUUAGAUGUACUGGGCGUGCUGGAAAGACUGGUGUUGCGACGACGUUCUUGACUUUUCAGGAUACUAAUGUGUUCUAUGACUUCAAGCAGAUGCUUGUACAAAGUAAUAGUGUUGUGCCUCCAGAAUUGGCUAAACAUGAAGUUUCAAAGUUCAAGUAUGGUUCGAAUACCUAUAGACCUCUUAGAAGAAAUGACCCAAUCUUUACUCACUAA